AUGGCCCUCUUCGGUUCAGCCAGCAGCGCGGCUGCUUCCAACCCUACCCAAGGCGACAUCUCGAAGGACGUGACCGUCGCUAACCCCCCUUCGGAUUCGAUCAGCGAAAUUUCUUUCUGCCCUACUCAGGACCUCCUCGCCGCCGCUUCGUGGGACUCGGAAGUUAGGAUCUGGCAAAUCGACAACGGAGGCAAUAGUAAUCCUGCGGCUUCGUUUAAGACUGACGGACCAGCUUUGAGUGUUGCAUGGGCAAAGGACGGUUCAUCACUUAUUGCUGCAGGCGCGGACAAGCAGGCCAAAAGAUUGGACCUAAAUGGAACCCCUACACCUCAGGUCGUCGCUGUGCAUGACGAGCCCAUUCGCUGCGUCAGGACCACCCAAAUCAGCGGCUCGAACGUCCUUGUCACUGGGUCUUGGGACAAGACGAUCAAGUACUGGGAUGUGCGCGCGUCGAACCAGACCCCCGCCAUUACUGUCAACUGCCAGGAACGCAUCUACACUAUGGAUAUAAAGGAGCAGCUGCUGGUUGUCGGCACCGCAGAUCGCUACAUCAACAUUAUCAACCUGCAAAACCCCGGCACUUUUUACAAGACGCUCCAGAGCCCGCUGAAGUGGCAGACGAGGGUGGUUAGCUGCUUCACGGACGCGAGUGGCUUUGCAGUAGGAAGCAUUGAGGGGCGAUGCGCCAUCCAGUACGUGGAGGAGAAGGAUGCUUCGUCCAACUUCUCUUUCAAGUGCCACCGCCAGACGGACAACACGCAGCGCGAUGUCGCCAAGGUCUACUCGGUCAACGCGAUUUCUUUCCACCCGACACACGGUACCUUCAGCACGGCCGGCAGCGACGGCACCUUCCACUUCUGGGACAAGGACGCAAAGCACCGUCUGAAGGGCUAUCCGGAAGUCGGCGGCGCCAUCACCUCGACGGCGUUCAGCGCCUCCGGCAACAUCUUCGCCUACGCCGUCUCGUACGACUGGAGCAAGGGCUUCUCGGCCAACAACCCCCAGAUGCCAAACAAGAUCAUGCUGCACCCCGUCAACCCAGACGAAUGCAAACCCAGGCCUGGCGGCAAGAAGAGGUAG